AUGGCUGAUAAUGCGCCGGCGAGCGCAACCAACACAGACCAACCAGGUCGUCCUUACUACGAAAGUCUGCGAAACACACUCAAAAACACAUUGAUUAAGAAGCGACAACUCGACGAACAACUGCAGGCUCUUGAAGACAAUAUAUACAAGAUGGAGAGCAGCUACCUCGAGGACACCAACGGUGCUGGCAAUAUUGUGCGCGGGUUCGAUGGAUGGGUCAAGGGUGUCGUCGUAGGAGGAGACAAGAAGUCUGCCGACGAUCGCAAGGCCAGAGUCAGAGUUCGUGACGAAGACCGUGUCUUUUCACGGAGCUCCAUGUCCUGGAUCAGAGCUCAAGACUCGGACAUGCCCACUUCAGCCACCAACACUCCUUCCCAUGCGCCCACACCAGCCUCGUCGGUACCUCCUCAACUAGCCUCGAGAGACAGCAACCAUGCCACCCCUAGCAGUACGGUCUCGAAGGCCAACAGCAAAAAGAAGAAGGCAGCUGACAAGGACGACGAUGACGACAAGCCGGCCAAGAGAUUGAAGAUUACCUACGGUCGCGAAUAA